AUGUCGUUUCUCGUGAAACUCGGCCUAAUAUUCUCUCUAUUCGCGAGCUGGGCGUCAUGCUUUACCAAGUUCGUACGUCCCCCAGAGCGGGACGCAGAUCAAGCAGCCGACCAGGAUAUGACCAAAAAUAACCAAUAUGCCGAUGGACAAAACAUCCUGAUCAUCUUUGACACGAACAUUAAAAAGGUUGAUCUCUAUAUUCGGCAAGUUAUAGGCACCAUAGACUCUGUGAAGAGCAAUGGUAACUCAAAUCCCGAAAACUGGAAGGCUCAGUACGAUAUCUCGAACGUGACCGAGAAUAACGAGGAUUGCAUUUAUUGGUUCGAGGUGAAAGAUAGCGAAAGUGACGGGACUCUGGCGGAGUCUCAAUACGUAAAUGUCAGCGCGCCGAGAUCCGACGAGACGAAAACUACCACUGCAUCUACGACAUCGACAACUCUCACCAUGGAGAAUACAAUGAGCGCAACGGAUACAUCGCCGAGCAAUGAAGCAAGUUCUACAUCAGAGCCCAAUUCGAACCCUGGAUUAUCCCGAGGUGAAAUUGCAGGUGUAGUAGUCGGCGCCACAAUUGGGGGCCUAUUGAGUCUUGGUGGUAUUGGAUGGAUGCUUUGGAGAAGAAGAGCGAGAAGGAAGAAUGAUGGGGUAGCGGCAGAGCUUCCUGGGGACUACAAUCAAGACCAACCUUACUCUGAGAGACCGAAGAGUGAACUACCGGCUGAGCCUGUGGUGUUACCUUUGGAACGACCUAAAAGCCCUCCUAGAAUCUACGAGGCACCGUAA